AUGGUGAAAGGAGUUGUGAGACGUGGCAAAAAAUCCUGGCUCACACCCAUCUGCCAACAACCGACACAAUCCGUCACCUUCAUUCAUCACUCCGAAACGACGGCGUAUCACAGCUCAUUCUCAUGGUGCCCUGCUGAUGUGAAAACAUAUUUGUUGACUGCUACUAGUGGAGGCUUAAACCAACAAAGAAGAGGGAAUGAGGAUGAAAACCAAGCAUUUCAUUGCCCUGCAUUCGAGGCAAGCAACCCUGACAAGGUACAAAGACAUGGCAGAUGCCCGCUGACUCCAGAGGAAGUUGUCCUUAUGCUUAGAGCACUGGGUUUUGGAAGUGAUAUUCACUUGUAUGUGGCAUCGGGUGAAGUAUACGGAGUUGAAGAGACGUUGGCACCACUGAAGAAACUUUUCCCGAACUACCACUCAAAAGAGACUAUAGCAAGUAAAGAGGAGUUGACACCAUUUUCAUCCUUCUCUUCUCGAAUGGCUGCACUUGACUUUAUUGUUUGCGAUGAAAGUGAUGUUUUCAUCACCAACAACAAUGGCAAUAUGGCUAGAAUGUUAGCUGGUCGAAGGAGAUACUUUGGUCAUAAACCAACAAUCCGUCCAAAUGCGAAGAAACUGUCUCUGUUGUUCAUGAAUCAUAAUAACAUGACUUGGGAAGAAUUUGCCUCGAAGCUUCAAACUAAUCAAAUUGGAUUCAUGGGAGAGCUGAAUGUGAUAAAGCCUGGCAGGGGUGAGUUCCAUGAAAACCCAGCAGCCUGCAUAUGUAGUGCAUCUGGCACAAAGUCCAGCGAAGUUCCAAUUCCUCAAAAUGAAAGUUUUAACAUCCAGAACAUAUAUAAGGAGGAUGACUUGAAAAAGGACAGUGGUUACGUGACAGACGGGCAAAUAACUGAGGAUGAGCAGGAUUGGUCUGGGAUUGAUUAUACCGAAAUGAAUAUAAAUCGUUCUCAGGGUAAAGUGCUGCCUAGUGUAAGAGUUUCAGAUCCAGGUCUUUUACUUAAACCUGACGAACCAGAACUCGAAGAUUUCUUUUCAGACUAG